AUGCUGAUGUAUUUGUUCCUGCAACUGUUCCACUAACUCCAUCAAUGAGUUCAGUACAGCAGGAUACAGGUACCUCCACAGCCCUGAAAGUAACUGAUCAGUUGAGAGAGACGACGACUUGCGACACAGGUGUGACAGAGACUCUCACUGAAGAGGGUAUUACCUCUUGUUCAGAAGUACCCACACCUAUUAGCCAGUCCACAUGUUCUGACAAUAUCCCCACAGUUACUUCAAAAGCAGCCGGGGCUGUAGAUGUAUCAAGUUCUGAUGAGGAGAAAAGCUUCGGAGAAGUGGGACUUCAAAUCAAAACUACUGUAGAGGUUGAGCAUGAUGGCGGUGGGGUACAUUCAGACGAAACCGAUGACCUUGGAGAUGGAACUGGGAUGAUUGUUGAUGAUGGUAGCCCCAACAGCUCAGUGGUUGAAGCUCCUUGCCGUGAGUCUUCUUUUCUUGAUUCAGUAGCUGAGUCCGAGUCUGAGGAGGGCAGUAUCAGUGAUCCACAUCCCGCAGAUUCUGAAGAGGAUGAAGGGUCCUUGCAGAGUCGCCCUUCACGUCCCUCUAGGAAUAGGCAACCACCAAAGCGAUACACUUAUGAUAUGUUGGGUCAACCUACUUGUAGAGCAGUACAGGCUAACGCGCAGAGUAGUUGGAUUCCGGAGUUCUGUAGAUCAUUUCUCUCUACAGACAGACAUGUUAUCGGGACGAUACAACAUGUUUAGAAAGGGGGGAGUGUAGCCACUUGCUUUCCAGGAGUCGCGAGAAGUGAUGUAGCUCCCUCAAGCGUUCGCUAAAAACGCGCCUGUUUUCUUGCCAUCGCCAUUGUUCACGAAGUUUGUUUGUCGAUAAAAGUUUGUUCGACAAACUUAUCCAGAAUCAUCUUGCUGUAAAGUCGCUUUUUGAGCGAAUCAUCAACCUAUUGUGUGCCUCAAGAAUCCGUUAUUUCUGCUCAGCAUACUGUUGGCUCUCAGUUCUCAGGUUCUCAGAUACAAGUGAGAACUUCUUAGUCUCUCGUUGAGAUAACUGAAGGGACGACCUCACCUGAUUGACGUUUGCCAGAUCUGAAGUUCACCUGGUAAAGGAAACUACUACAGUAGGCCAGUGGUCAUCAGAGGUGCUCCGUAAAACUACUGGAGUGAGCCUACUCAAGGAGACCAACGACUUCGUCUGCCUUGCAGUACCGGGCUAGUUUACUGACUUCGUUGGAGUCACCGGUUCAGUCAAGUCGGUUGACUGGACGUCACUAUUUUGGAACUGAAAGCUCCAAGAGUAACAUUGACUUUCUUGCCGGCCGGCCAUCUACUGUGCGCAUCAUUGGGCCCAUUUUUGUGUGUAUUACUUGAGCAUCGUGGAUCCAUAUCCUUUUAAUUAAACAUUGAUUGUAUUUUGAUUGAAUUGUUUGGCCAAACGAAAUUGUUGUUACACAAUAAAAGCUGAUUGGAAAUUAA